GAGAACCCUAAAGGACACUUUUGCGCGCCUUAAUACACUCACUGUCUUCUUCUCAAUUAGGGGAUCUUACAUUGAAAUCGCAAAUUCUCCUAUUAAAUCAUUCGUAAUUACAUCGCCGUGAGAGAGAAACCAAUCCCGUCGAAUUGGAUUAUCGUCGUCGGUGGAUGAAUCGUAAUGGCUAAAGCAGAUAACAACUUCUCAGCGGAGAUAGAGACCCAGCCGAUUGAUUCUAAUCCCUCUUCGCCUUCUGUUUCUGGGGAAGAUAAAGAUAGCUUGCUUGGGGAUUAUGAUGAAACACAACCUUUUGAGGAUGAUGCUUGGAUUAAUGAUCAAUAUAUGGACACUCAGGUCAUUGAUACUGAUUGUGACAAUGAAGAGUUUCUUCUCUGUGGUGAAACGCAAGCAGUUGAUUUGGUGUUUGAAGCCCAAGAUCAAGAGCCUUUUGUAGAAGGUGCUCAGUUACUCGAUGCUUUUGAUGGUUUGGCUACACAGGUUUUGGAUCGUUUUGAUGAUGAGGUUGUUGCGGAUAGUGAUGAUGAUGUUACUGCUGUCUUGGAAGAUGAUAAUGAGCUCUUUGACGGCAGUGGUGAGUCUUGUAGUAAAGGUGAAACUGUUUUAUCUAGUGAAGAGAAUAGACAGGAUGUUAAUGGAAAGGUUGGAUCGACAUGUGCCCUUGGUGCUUUGUCAAAUGAACAUGGGAUUUCUGGCAAAAAGGUGGCAAGGUUCGCUUCAGUUCGUUCAGCAGCUUUUCGUGCUUCUGCUGUGGCAUCUCGUGUUCAAAAGAUUCCCAACAGUCAUUCUUCUGGGCAAGGAAACACACAUAUUUCUAGUUUGGAAUAUAGUGUUGGAGAAGUAGGUAAUCAGGAAUCUCUUACCAGUAUAUUUGCUGAAAAGAAAAAUGACUUACGCACAGGAAACAGAACAGCGAGGAAGCUUUUCAUGGAAGAGUUGCCUGAUGAAAUUUCCCAUUCUGUUGAUAACGAGGUCGAUCUGGGGAAUUUGAGUUAUAUUGACUCUCAAGAACCUGGUGAGGCAUCCCAGGCCAGUGCUCUUAACUUGGUUGAUAAGCUCAUUAGUGAGGCCCGUCUAGAGUUUGGUUUUGAAGUUGAAGCCGACUGUGGAAGGAGAACAGAAGAAAAGUCAAAAUGUGUUCCAGUUUUAAAAGGCCCACAAGAAUUAGCAAAGAAAUUAAGUUACAAAAGCGGAACUGUUGGAAACUGUAUUUUCGACUGGGAUGAUAAUCGUGAGGAUGAAGGAGGAGGCGAUAUCUAUCGUAGAAGAAAAGAUGAAUUCUUUGGCGUUGCAAGUAAAGGACGGGAGUUUUCUACCUUGCCUAGAGAACAGAAAAGAGAAUUGAUACAUGAAAGUCAUAGUGUGAAGACUCGUUCUGAUUCCAAACUGUUGCAGCAUAGAGUGACUAGGAGCCGAAAGAAUAUCCAGGCUGCUAAACAGAAUUAUGGCAAAGAGGUAGAGGAAGUUCGUGAAGCGGUUGUUUUGGGGAAUGAUACAAAAGUGGUUGAUGAAGCGAUGGAUGAUCUGUGUUCUGGAGACCGUAGCAAGUUUGAUUCUGAGGCGAGUUGUCUUACAGGAAAGAAACUGUCACCGGGAGAAGAAAGAGGAUAUUCGCCCGGUGGAGUCGUUACUGGACAAUCCAGGGGAACUAAGAGGAUUCAGGCUAUGAGUAAAGAUGAAUUGUUGAAAAAAAGAAUGAAGAAGGCUAGUCAGAAUAUUGAAGGGUCUUCAAUGGGUGACCAGCUUGAUAAAGAAGGUCCAUCCUGCUCGAAAAGUAGGAAGGUCCAGACUGCUUCACGAGAAACUAAAAAGAAUCUUGUUGUCAGUUUAAAUGAACUUUCCAAGGAAAGUAAUACAAAAAUGUUUGAUAGGAAUGAAGAGGCAGAAGCAGGCCCUGAUACACAAAUGGCUGCUGAAGUGAUGAAUGCUCUGUACUCUGGGGACGGCAGGGGAACUGAUCCUGAGCUAAACAAUCUAAUAGGUAAGAAAUUGUCACUGGAAGGAGACAUUUCUACUUGUGGAGUCGUUACCAGAAAAUCCAAGAGGAUUAAGGGGAUUCAAGCUGUGGAUAGUAAUGUUGAAUCAUUGAAUAUAAAAACCAAGAAGGCUAGAUCAAUUAUUGCUAAGUCUUGUGAGAAAAAUAGGGAUACGUAUUCAAAAAGUGAAAAUACGCUUGAUGAAGCUGAGGUGUUGAAUUAUCCCAAGCGGAGAAGAUCAACUCGUAUUUUGCAAAAUCAGGUUGAUGAGGCAGGAAGGAGUUCAGAUGCCUCUUUUGAUACUCCAGUUAAGUCUAAGAUGCCUUCAGCUAAUGUAUCGCCUAUAUGCAUGGGUGACGAGUAUCAUAGACUUUCUUGUAAGGAUUCAGUUACAUCACACACUACAAGGGAAUUUCGUAGCUUAACCUUACCAUUAUUGGAACCUAUCUCCGAGACAAAGAGUACUAGAAAGAGAAGAGAUUUGGGUAGUGUAUGUGUCUUAUUCAGCCAGCAUCUUGAUGAAGAUUUGACCAAACAUCUGAAGAAGAUUUUGGCACGGUUCGAUAUCUCGGAAGCUUCCUCCAUGAAUGAGGCAACACACUUCAUUGCUGAUAACUUUACGCGUACAAGGAACAUGCUAGAGGCAAUCGUUUCAGGCAAGCCGGUGGUCACAACGCAAUGGCUUGAAAGCAUCAAUCAAGUAAACAUAUACGUUGACGAGGAUCCGUAUAUACUCAGAGAUAUAAAGAAGGAGAGAGAGUUCUCUUUCAACAUGGUAGUUUCUUUGGCUCGUGCACGCCAACUUCCGUUACUACAGGGGAGAAGAGUUUUUAUCACCCCAAAUACAAAGCCUGGUUUAAACACAAUCACGACUUUGGUUAAAGCUAUUCAUGGAUUGCCUUUACAAAGACUCGGAAGAUCUACCCUGAGCAAAGAUAAAGUCCCAGAGAAUCUUUUGGUCUUAUCAUGUGAAGAGGAUCGUGCUAUCUGUAUACCGUUUCUAGAGAGAGGGACUGAGGUGUAUAGCUUGGAGUUAAUUUUAAAUGGGAUAGUUACUCAAAGACUUGAGUACGAGAGGUAUCGUCUCUUCACAGAGAAUGUGAGGAGAACGCGGUCAACGAUAUGGAUCAAAGACGUAAAAGGCAAGUUCCAACGUCAUAGCGGGUGAAAGUGUAAAUGCGAUCAAACUCUUAUAUGUUUUAGAUUAGAUUAGAAAGUUAACAUGUUGUUGUCUUUGGCUUCAAAGAGUGUAAAUUAUAAUCUGCGUGAUACAUUUUACUCUUCUCUGAAGUCGUUUGAAAGUUGUAUCAUUUCCCUUUUAUUACGAGAGCUGGGUUUUGAGUCACAGUCAUUAUGAAUAAUAAGUUGGAUUCUCAAAGCUUUGCCUAUCUA